AUGGCUGCCGAAAGCCUCAACGUGAUUGCGCUCAUCUCAGGCGGCAAGGACAGCUUCUACAGCCUGCUGCAUUGCAUCCAAAAUGGUCAUCGCAUCGUCGCCCUCGCCAACCUCCAUCCACGGGCACCCGACGCGGCGCCCGCCGGCGAUGUGCAGGACGAAAAGGACCUGAACAGCUUCAUGUACCAGACCGUUGGCCACGAAGUUAUUCCCCUGUAUGCGGAAGCGACAGGGAUUCCGCUGUACCGACAGCCCAUAGACGGAGGCACGGUUCGUCAUGAGAGGGACUAUGCCUAUGACGCCUCAGAGCCCGGCCUGGACGAAACGGAGUCCAUGCUCACGCUCCUGGGCACUAUCAAAGAAAAGCACCCCGAGGCUAACGCCCUCUGCUCCGGAGCCAUCCUGUCAACGUAUCAACGCACUCGUGUCGAGUCCAUUGCCAUCCGCCUCGGCCUCACGCCGCUGGCCUACCUCUGGAAGUACACAGCACUGCCUUCUCCAGUUGCACCGACAAACGAAGCGCAGCUGCUGAUUGACAUGGCGUCUGCGGGCCUCGAGGCACGCAUCAUCAAAGUGGCCAGUGCAGGACUGGAUGAGAGCCAUCUGUGGGAAGUCGCAUCGAGCGAAGCCGGGUCAACCCGUGUGAAGAAGGCGCUGCGCAAAUUCGGCGCUUCAGAUGGCGCGUCCUUGGGAGAAGGUGGCGAGUUUGAGACGCUGGUCCUGAAUGGCCCCGACUGUCUCUUCGAGAAGAAGAUUGUUGUGCCUGAGGACGGCAGACGUGUCGUCCGAGAGGGCGGAGGAUCAAUAUGGCUUUUGACCCGUGGCGCACAUUUACAAGACAAGCACAGUUUGGACGCAGAUUCAGCUGUGAACGCAAGAGUUCCAGAUCUGUUUGAUUCGCGAUUCGCGCAAGUUCUAGAGGACUUGACCGGGCGACCUCAUGGGGCGUCAACAGCUACAGUUGGGGGCUCAGAGACAAAGCCUUUGUCAAAAAUGGACUUUUCAGAUAUUGGCAAGCCCGAACUGUUGGCUUGGAGUUUUACUUCAGAUAAAACUUUCGAUUCCAGCACGAUAACCGAAGAAACAAACAGUGUGGUUGGCAAGCUCUCAGAGGCACUCGCGACUCAUGGCCUCGAUGCCGCCCAGCUGACGACGGUCGUCAUCAUUCUGAGAAACAUGGCCGACUUUCCAAAAAUCAACCAAGCGUACGGCAGUCUAUUCAAGUCACCCAACCCCGCAUCUCGAGUCACAAUAUCCUGCGGCGAGCUGCUACCAGAGGGCCGCAACAUCAUGCUAUACGCGACGGCUCCCCCAGUUUCCAGGACGUCCACAAGAGACGGUCUACAUGUGCAGUCAAGAUCAUACUGGGCGCCGGCCAACAUUGGUCCUUAUAGCCAGGCCAUUGAUGUCCCCAUAACGAAGGACAAUGCCGCCCUGGGCCCGCGAUCAGUUUACAUUGCAGGCCAGAUAUCCCUUAUACCAUGUAGCAUGGCGCUACCCACUCCCUCUCCUUCUUCUCUUGUCGAGCAAAUAACGCUGUCGCUACAACAUCUGUGGCGAAUUGGCACGCAGAUGAAGGUUCAGCAAUGGACGAGCGCCGUCGCCUACUUUGACAAAUCAGCAUCUGAGGAGGAUGUGAGGAACAAGGCGCAAUUGGCGAGCAGAGCGUGGAGUAUGAUGCAUGCUGAGCCGGACGAGGAAGAGGACGAGGCCGCGUUGGAUCCAUGGGAUUUGAAAUACAACCCGCAAUACAUGUCCCUGGUCACCAAUGAGAGCAGCAGGCCACGACCGCUGCCCGACUGGGAGGUCUUUCCCUUGCGGCAGCAGAAUGAGCCCGAGACUUGCAUCCCGCCCUUUUUCGCUGUCGAGGUGGAGGAGUUGCCGCGACAGGCUACUGUCGAGUGGCAUGCACAUAUUGGACUAUCGGGACUUUCCGAGACGAGCACGCAGUUGGUGUCGCAUGCCGAGUCGCAGCUGGAUGGAUGGCGGUCGUGGAAUACAGUGGUGCGGGCGGACGAGGGCGUAUUUAUACAUACAGUGUUGGCGAACGUUCGGAAUCCCGGUACCAAGGCGAACUUGAGCGUGAUUGCUGCCCAGGCCCAGGGCAAGUAUCAGGAGGCGAUUCGUCUGCUUGGAGCAGACACUCUUGAUGUUUCUUCACACAUGCCAUACUUGAUGCCCGGGUCCCAGUACAGUGGAGCCGGCGUCGCUAGUGCCCUAACAAUUAGACGAUCCCUCUUCGGGCUCUUUCCCCCGUCCAAGCGAACGUCUUUGGCUGGCGCAUACCUAUAUAUCUGUGCUCACCUGCCCCCGGCCCACGCGCGAACGAUGAGCAGCAACGAGGCCGCUUCCGCUCCAAACGCGGCAUCAGACUCGGGCAGCACUCCGAUUGUCCCAGUGAGAUCCAACAGCACCGCCGCCACCACCAUCACCACCGGCCGGUUCCGGCAACGGCGGCAGUCGAGAAGCGAGCGAGUCAACGAGAUUUUAGAAAACGCCAGAGGCCGCGCCGACGAGAUGGGCUCCGACCCGGCCACCAUUCGGCGCCAUUCGUCGUUUGGCCGCAAGACGCAGUUUGCCGAUGAAGCGGUCGACGAGACGACGGGCAUGGUGUCGCGCGGAUCCAGCCACAACUACCAGGCGCUGAACCCUCAAGAGAGCGCGUCGGCGCCGCCGCCGGGGAGCGGGACUCACUCCAUAUACAGCCUGCGGUCCAGGACCACGGCCCCGGCCCCGACGGUAGGGAUGGCCUCGGACAGCGACGACGAGGGGACGAGGACGGGCGAGGAGGGCCAGAGGCCGUGGUGGAAGCAGCAGCUCGGCAAGUAUCAGUCGAUUGAGCUGGAAAACAAAGGCAGCGUCGCCAGAGAUCAUCUAGCCCUGGAGCGGACGUUUCUCGCCUGGCUGCGCACGUCGCUCGCGUUUGCCUCGAUCGGCAUCGCCGUCACCCAGCUCUUCCGACUCAACACCUCGCUGAGCGACGGCAAGAACACGCCGGACGCGCUGCGGCGUCUGGGCCGGCCGCUGGGCGCGACGUUUCUCGGCAUCAGCAUCCUGAUCCUGCUGCUGGGGUUCAAGCGCUACUUUCACGGCCAGGAGUGGAUUCUCAAGGGCAAGUUUCCUGCUAGUCGCGGGACGAUUGUCCUGGUGUCCCUCGUGGCGCUGGCCAUCAUGGCUGCAUCGCUGGUUGUGGUUGUGGUGAUACACCCGGCAGACUGA